AGCUUCGACGGCGAGAAGGAGGCCUCUCGUAGUCGCGGAUGGCUUCCUCUGCCUCGGAGUUUUGUUGCGACUCCAUGAUGCAGUCGAUUUGCCAGGGAUCCUCAUCGUGGACGGAGGCCAGCGACAUCAGGAGCAGCAGGCGGACACAUGCGCAUCAUCUUCUCCAAGUUGAAGCGGUGGAGGCGGAAGGACCGACUCGCCACAGUUUACCCGGAGCAGAUGACCAAAGUAAUGCAAGUCCCGUGCCUGAAGCGGAGGGCUCAAGCAUCGCCAUCCCAACGAGUGAAUUUCAAGACGAUGGAGAAGGUCGCAUGAAUGUUGACCUACCUAAACAUGCAACUGCCUUUCUUCUUCAAGCCAGAGAAACCCAUCGACUGACACAGAGAGCUGUUAACCAAAUGGUGAGUGGAGUCCAGCAGUAUCAGGCCGCAUUAUUGGAGCACCUCAAACCGCAAAUGACCGGCAUGAUUGAGAGACAUUCUGGGGACCUGGAUCAACUAAAGAGUGAUGCAAUGGGGAUAUUUGAGUUUGUUGACCCUUUCAGUCAAAUUGCUUCCACCCAUUUGCAGGAUAAGACCAUCAAAGAACUGUUAGAACCCGUUGAACCAGAGAUUGUUGUCGCAAAACAAACAGUAUGUUACGUGAAACAUGGAGACUCCAGAGUUCUUACCAUUAGGGAUCAUUGUUUUCAUUAUAUACCGUUGGUGAAAAGCUUGGAGCAGCUGUUAUCACAUCCAAGCAUUAUUGGAAUGAUUGACGAGAGGCCACAGCCAUGCAAGGAUGGAUUUUUUCAUGAUUUCAUUGAUGGAGACAUUUUUAAGUCGCACCCACUGUUUAUGAAAGUUCCCACAGCAUUGCAGUUAAUUUUAUAUACAGAUGAAAUUGAGCUAUGCAAUCCUCUUGGAUCCCGGGCAAACAAAAACAAAUUGCUAUUGAUUUAUUACACCUUAGGUAACAUCAGCCCUAAAUACAGAUCAAGACUUGCUGCCAUUCGUCUGCUUGCCGUGGUAAAAUCAAAAGAUCUUUCCAAUUGUGGUAUUGAUGAGAUAUUUGAGAGGAUUAACCGUGACUUCAUGGAGCUGUGUGAUGGUGUCCAGGUUGUCACUGCAGAUGGUGAGAGGACAAUUUAUGGGGCACUCAUGUCUGUGUGCGGAGACACUCUAGCUCAGCAUGAAGUGGCUGGUUUUAAGAUAGGAGUGGGGUUUGCCUACAGUAAAUGCAGGCACUGCGAAUGCAACUUUGAAGACAUGCAGAAGCAAUUUAAUGAAGAUUUGUUUGUUAAAAGGACAAUGGCAAGUCAUAACAGGCAAUGUAAUGACAUUGAAAAGACGAACACUGACUUUCUGAAAGACAAUCUAUAAAUGACAUAUGGUAUAAACAGGCGAAGCAAAUUAACAGAAUUUCCUCACUUUGAUAUAAUCAAUCAAACCCCACAAGACAUCAUGCAUGUCAUUCUUGAAGGUGUUGCCCCAUAUGAAAUCAAAUGUGUUUUAAAGCAUCUUGUGCUUUCGGGGCAUAUGGACUUAGACACAUUCAACAGUGCAAUUAUUUGUUUCCCUUAUUCUCCUGUGGAUGCAAGAGACAAGCCUUGCCCCAUAUCUGUAACUACACUGUCAUCAAAUGACAAUAAAUGGAAGCAGUCAGCUGGGCAGAUGCUGGUUUUGUUAAAGAUCCUGCCAUUUCUCAUUGACAAAAUUGCAGAAAAUGAUUACACACAAAUGAUACUUAAGUUUUUAGAGAUAGUCAAAAUUCUGUUUUCACCCAUUAUUACUCUCUCAACUCUUUCAAGGCUGAAGCUUUUAAUAGAGCAACAUUUAAAACAUUUCAAACAACUGUUUCCAGAUGCAAAUAUUAUACCUAAACAGCAUUACUUGCUGCAUCUUCCUUCUCAGAUUAAGGCACUUGGUCCUACAGUGAGACAUAUGUGUAUGCGCUUCGAGUCAAAGCAUUGCUUUUUUAAGCAGUGGGCUUUGAAAAGUAGUUUUAUAAAUAUCUGCAAGUCUCUUGUGAAGCACAACCAACUUUAUGAAUGCAGUCAGAAUGUGCACAAGAAGCAUCCAAUUUGUUCAAGUGAAGAUGACAUGGGCCCAGCCUCUGAGGUGAAAAAUGUUCACUAUGUGGAAGGAAAGAUUAAAGACUUCUUAGGAAUAGAGCAUGUUGAACAUAUAGUUUCGGUACAGUGGAUUAUGCAACAUGGAAAUAAGCAUACAUGUGGAAAAUCUUUGGUUAUUUCUAAUGUCAUCAGUGAUACUCCAGAGUUUGCACUUGUGAAAAACAUCUAUGUUUUAAAUUCGCCAGUGUAUUGUUUUGAAUGCCAACCUCUCUCUACAGUUGGGUGGAAUGAUCAUUAUUUAGCUUACGAAGUAGAAGUUCCCUACCUAGCUCAAGCCAAUAUUUUCGUGGAUGUUCAAAAGCUUGUUGAUUAUACACCAUACUACUAUGUAAAUUUCAAUAAUAGCAAGUACAUUCCACUGAAGUAUGAUCUCACAGACAUCAUCAAACAUCAUUCUUAAGUCUGUAUUGAGUGUGGGUAUUUGGGCUAUUUGGGCUUUAAACAAACUAACAAACAAUUGAGUAUGUAUUUUUACUUCUUAUUUUUGGAAUAAUGUGUUGCAGUCUGUCCAAAGUUUAACAGAAUAGAGAAGGACAUUUAAUUCCAGCUUUUGCUUCUCUUUUUUACAUAUCACAUGGACAUGGUUUGAUGGAUCUGUAAGAAAAAUAGCAAUUUUCAAUAAAGCAGAUUUGUUGUCUC